GCAGCCAUGCUCCCUUCCCAGCCUCUCCUGCACGCUGCGGUGUUUGCACUCGCAGUCCUCCAGGCCCUGGCCUCCGACACCUUCAUUGCAGCCGUCUACGAGCACGCGGUCAUCCUGCCAGAUGCCACUGACGAGCCCGUUUCUCCCGACGAUGCUUUGGCCCUGAUGAACAAAAACAUGGACGUCUUGGAAGGGGCCAUCAAGGAAGCCGCCCAGCAGGGUGCUCACAUCAUCGUGACUCCUGAAGACGGCAUUUAUGGCUGGCGUUUCACAAGAGAAGCCAUCUACCCCUACCUGGAGGAUAUCCCUGAUCCGGCGGUGGACUGGAUUCCCUGCACCGACCCCACAAGAUUUGCUCCUGCUCCAGUGCAGGAGCGACUCAGCUGCAUGGCCAGGAAUAACUCCAUCUACGUGGUUGCCAACAUCGGGGACAAGAAGCCGUGUAAUUCCAGUGAUCCCAGCUGCCCCAGCGACGGUCGCUAUCAGUACAACACCAACGUUGUCUUUGACCCGCAGGGGAAACUGGUGGCUCGCUACCACAAGUACAACCUGUUUAGAAGAGAAACUCAGUUUAAUUACCCUAAAGAGCCAGAAGCAGUCACUUUCGAGACACCCUUUGGGAAGUUUGGCAUUUUCACUUGCUUCGACAUCCUUUUCCGUGAGCCUGCCCUGGCCCUGGUGAGCGAGCUGCAGGUGGACACCGUACUCUUCCCGACAGCUUGGAUGAAUGUCCUGCCGUUCCUGACCGCUAUUGAGUUUCACUCUGCCUGGGCUAUGGGCAUGGGUGUCAACUUGCUUUCAGCAAAUACUCACAACACCAGCUUGGCAAUGACAGGCAGCGGGCUGUUCACACCGGAGGGACCCGUUGCCUACCAUUACGACAGCGAGACAGAGGAGGGACGUCUCCUGCUAGCAGAGCUGAGCGCACACCCCCGUCUUUCCUCCAGCUACCACCCUGUCGUCAACUGGAGCUCAUAUGCCACAAGCAUAAAGAAAUUUCCAGAAGAAAAAAAUACUUUUUCGGGAGCAGUCCGGCGGGAUAUAUUCACUUUCAGUGAACUCAGGCACAAAGCUGGAAAUUACACCGUUUGCCAGGGAGACCUCUGCUGUCAUUUGGUCUACCGGAUGUCAAACAAGAGCAAAGAUGAAGUUUAUGUCCUGGGUGCAUUUGAUGGGCUUCACGGUUCUCUCAUAAAAUAUCAUUGGCAGGUAAUUUCUUUUGUAGGGGUAAGUGUGGUUUGUACAUGCCUACAUCCCAGCCAACCCCAAACAUGUCCAUUUCUGCAUCAUGAGAACUCUUCUUACUAUCAAAUCUAUCUCUCAGCUGUUGAAAGCUUAGCAGUAUUUUUCCUUUCUGUAUCCUCCUCCCUGCAGAUAUGCACGCUGCUCAAGUGCAAGAGCACAGACCUGAACACGUGUGGGCAGCCGGUGGAGACAGCUCAGACCAAGUUUGAGAUGUUCUCCCUCAGCGGCACCUUUGGCACCAACUACGUCUUUCCAGAAGUGUUGUACAGCGGGGUGCAGCUGGCCCCUGGGGAUUUCAAGGUGCUACGUGACGGGCGUUUGAAAAGUAAACAUGGCACAUCGAAACCGCUUGUAACAGCAACGCUUUUUGGAAGGCUUUAUGAAAAGGACCUGCCACACCCUCUGCGAACCUCCCCAUAA